GUUGGGUUUAAGUAAUAAAGGGAUAGAACUUGGCAACUCCAAUUAUAGAGAAACAAAAAGCAACGAGCUUUCAUUCUUUUUAAUCGAAUGAUUACCCCAUCUAAUUGGACGUUAAAAAUAUAUUAGUGCUUGAUGCGGGGAAAGCUUUUCCCAUGAAUGGAUUAUUUAUUUUUGUUAUGAGUCCUAAUUAUUAGCUAUUCUCCAUUACGGGGUGGCGAUCAAUGUGUAGAAGAAAGAGUAUAUUGAUAAAGAUAUUCUUUUUUCCAAAAUCAAAAGAGCGAUUAGGCUGAUAAAAUAAAGGAUUUCUAACUAGCUUGUUAUCCUAGAACAAUUAGGUGGAAAAAGCAAGUGGAGAGAAUCCGUUCAUCAUUUUUUGGUAUCUAUUCAUAAUUCGUUUUAAUUCGAAUAUCUAGAAAUACCCCGUUUUGACUGUAUCGCACUAUGUAUUGGAUUUCCAAUCCAAUAAAUCUUUGAUCCCUUUGACAAAAUGGAAUUUGAAAAAUGAAAGAAUAUCAAAGAUAUUUAGAACUAGAUAGAUCUCGUCAACAGAACUUCCUAUACCCACUUAUUUUUCGGGAGUAUAUUUAUGGACUCGCCUCUGGUCAUGAUUUUAAUAGAAAUCGAUAUAUUUUGUCGGAAAAUGUGGAUUAUGAUAAGAAAUCUAGCUUACUAAUUGUAAAACGGUUAAUUACUCGAAUAUAUCAACAGAAUCAUUUGAUUCUUUUUGAUAACGAUUCAAGUAAAAAUCAAUUUUGGGGGUCUAACAAGAAUUUGUAUUCUCAAAUAAUAUCAGAGGGUUUUGCCAUUGUCAUGGAAAUUCCAUUUUCCCGACAAUUAAGUUCUUCUUUAGAGGAGGCGGAAAUCAUAAAAUCUUUUAAUAAUUUGCAAUCAAUUCAUUCCAUUUUUUCUUUUUUCGAGGAUAAAUUUACAUAUUUAAAAUUUUUUUCCGAUGUACGAAUACCCUAUCCUAUCCAUCUGGAAAUCUUAGUUCAAACUCUUCGAUACUGGGUGAAAGAUCCACCCCUUUUUCAUUUAUUAAGAUUGUUUCUUUAUGAGUAUUGUAAUUGGAAUAGUCUUAUUACUCAAAAAAAA